AGCAUCGCUGGAAAUGAAUGUGCAGGAGACAUUAUCAGAUGUGAGUGGGGUGGGGGAAUCAGAGCUGUGUCAUGAGCAGCCGCUUCCACAUCUAAUAGAAGGAUUCUGUACCGACUGCAUUGCCAUCGCCUUUGAAGGAAAACAUUACAAAAAAAUCCAUAGGAGAAAAAAUGCACUAAAUCAGGAGGGCCUUAAUAAUCAAUUUCCAUUUUAAACAAUGGAACUGAUACGUGGCAAGACAUUUAUCAUAAGUUAUGCACAAAACCAUUCGGAAAAGGUGCCUCAAGUUGGAUGUAAAGAUAAAAAGAAAAUAGAAGGUCAGAAGAAUCCUGCUCGGAGUGAAAUUAAAAAGAAUGUUACAGGAACACAAAGAAUGUCUAACAGUAUUUGCACAAAAGUGACAGGGGAUAAUAUCCGCUGUCCAAAAACUGUUAAGAAAAGCAAAACAUAUGAUUGUGUUACAAGAGAUGACAAUAUAGAUAAAAACACAGGUGUAAGUGGACAUGGAAGACUACCCAGUAGCAAAAGUUCCCCAGGGCUCAUUGAAGACCCAGGUGGUAAAAGGAAUGAACUGCAAACAUCCAGACCAUCGACAUGCAAACAGACUAUGAUUGACUACAGAAACUUAGUGCCUCAGGUGCCUUUUGUGCCAUCGGUUGCCAAAUCACUGCCAAAGAAAAGAAUUUCUCUUAGAAGAUCUAAAAAGAGUUUAAGAAACAUGUUUAAUUUAAAAAGAAACAAGCAGCAAGACACCAUAUCAGAAGACGAGAGGCUCCAGAUAGUGAAUGUUGAACCAAACAUAGAAAAAACAGUCCAAAAUCAGUCCAAUGUGGGUGAAAUGGUUUCCGAUGAGCUCCUAGCUCCAGAAUUCCCUGACCGUGAAAUGUACAUUGAUGCCAUUGAUUCCUUCAAAGCCUUGUGUGAGGAUGUGGCAUCUCUAAAGAGCUUUGAUUCACUUACCGGUUGUGGAGAAAUCUUUGCAGAUGAAUGUUCCUCGUUUAUUGAUAUAGAAAACUGCAGAGUGACAUUUAUUUCAAAGCCAAGCCCUAUAGCUGCUAACUUUCAAGGUGGAGGAGAGCGCCUUGCCUCACCAGCCAAAUCAGAAUCAUUAGAUUUCUCCAGACUCCAUGGAUGUGCAAAUACACUGCCAAGAAAUGUAAGUUCAAAUGGACUAUUUGAAGCUAAAUAUUUACCUGAUUGUAAUGAUGCAGUCAGAAAGGAAACUGACAGCAUUGUGUCAGGAGACCAAGUUUCCACUUCAUCCUAUAAUGACCUCAUGUCUUCUAGUGAGAACAUUAUUGACCCAGAGUCUCCAAAAUCUACAAGUGAUGAAGGAUAUUAUGAUUCAUACUCUCCUGGACUGGAAGAAGACAAAAAUGAAUUGGAAACCCAUAGAUCAUUUCCAAGAGACAGUUACAGUGGAGAUGCUCUUUAUGAGUUAUUUUGUGACUCUGGAGAAACAAAGAAAUGGCAGAACCAAGACUUUGACUUGCCAGCAUUUGGUCAUAAUGCUGAAAAUCCUACAUCUAUCUACAGUUUUUGUGUGGGAUCUGAAGAGAAUAUGGCCUCCCAACCACCACAUGAUCUAGUGGGAGAUGGUAUUCUUCAAAGUACUUGGAAAGGGAGAGAAUGUUUGUUGAAGCUAUGUGAUACUGAGUUGACUUUAAGCAUGGGAAUAGUCAAUUGGUUAAAGAAGACAGGAAAGAUAACAGAUUUGGAAAUCAAUAAUCAAAAUGUUUCUUCUUAUGAAACAGAACCAAUGGAAAUGGGAACAAAAAUAGCAAACAGAACAGAGGCAAUACAGACAAUGACAUCAAGAGAAACAAGAGGAGAGUGUUUCAAACCACACAGGGGAUAUAAAGAAAAAGAAUAUUGUAGCAUAAUUAGUCGUAUCAGAGAUUCUGAAAAUAUAUUAGCUGAUAUCUUGUCUUGCAACAAUUUUGAAGAGCCAGCCACAUCUCUUACAGAGUCUAAGGAGGGCUUGCCUGAAAAAGGUGCCCCAUCUGAAGAACAUUUGGAUGUGAAAGACUCAGUUCUGGAGUCAUCAUUCCUAACAACUUUAAUCAACAUUAAUGAAAACCAAGAGGAGUUGCCUGCAUCAAGUCCAGAGAAUAAAAAUGUCUUCCCUAUGGUGUCAACAAGUAAAAAGGAUGGCACAAAUGUUCCAUCUAUUCAUAACCAUGUAGACACUUUGCAUGCAUUAGGUCCACAAUAUGUCACCAGCUCCAUGUCAGAAAAUAAUAGGGGUUUGACCGAAAUUCUGGAUAAAUUCACAGCUCGAUUAUCAUCACUGCAUAUAACAUUUGGUAGCCAAAACACUUUGCAUGGUACAAGCAAAUCAAUGCGACCAUAUGAAAUGUCUCAGAACUUUAAAAAUUUAAUAGAACAAUAUGACACUGAGCCUCAACCAUCGCUUCUUCAACCAGCUUUGUUGUCCAAUUGUAAUAAUGAAACCAACAAGAAAAAUCUGAAAACCUCUGAUGAAGCACCUAUACUGAACUCUCUUUCAGUCAAGUAUUCAAAGGAUGAAUGUACAACUAACAAUCAAACACCAAAGGAAACUCAAUCCAACAAGUUUGCCACCAAGGCAAAUUUCCUACCUCUUUUCAAGUCCCCCUGUUCAUCUGUGAUUUCCCGAUUCUCCUCUACUUUGUACAAAGUUCACAAGCCAGGAGAUGCAGUCAUAUUUUUUAACACAGGAAAGUAUAACCAAACAUCUGCUUGUAAUGAAGACUUUGCACAUAAUUCGGAUGCUUUGUCAAUAGAUUUUCCCAAAUUCAGAAAAGAUGACUUUGAGUCCAUCGGCCCUAUACCUGAUGGUGAAGAAAGAGGUUUAAUGUAACAAAGAACAGCCAGCAGAGCUUAUGACAGAAUAAAACACUACAUGAGACAAACUGAAUGGAUAAAUCUUGGCUCGAAAUGAUUUGCUGCUCAAUCCUAAGGCUUCAUGCACACCGGGCUUAAAAAAAACAUCUGUUCUCUUGGGAGUAAAAAUUGCUCAUUAAGAGCAUUUUUUGUACAGAGUCUAGACGAGUUUAGAAAAGUUUUAAGUUUUUCUUGUUAAAAAAAAGAAGAGUUUUAAGUUUUUUUUCUACCAGUGAGGUCCAAUCAGAAACACGAACUAGAAGGUUUGUUUUUUCCUGCCUCCAGCUCAAAAUAUGCCUGUAAACAUAGGAUUAUGCCACGUACACAUGAUU